AUGCUUCAUCAAGAAAGUUUUGCAAGUACUGGCGAUGAUGAAAUGUUAUUUGAUGAUACAACACCGAUAACAUUUGGUGAGAAUAAAAAAACAAAUUGUAAGGUGAAUAAAAAUGAUUUAUCGGUUCAAUAUUCAAAUGAUGAUAAAUUAUCAACUUUAUUCAAUACAACAGGUCGAGAAAAAAAUUCAACAGGUCCAUUAAAACAAUGGCUUUUUGAACAUCAACAUCAUCCAUAUCCAAAUGAAGUUGAUAAACAAGAAUUAAUGGAAAAAACUAAAAUGUCUUUAUCACAAAUAACUGUUUGGUUUACAAAUGCUCGAGUUAAAAUGCGAAAAGAAAAUAAAUUACCAUUAAAUCUAUACGCAAAAAAGAAAAAGAAAAAACAACAAGAUGAUUCAUUUCAUCUUGAUGAUACUUUAUCACCACCACAUUCAACACAAAAUUUAUCAUUUAAUGAAUUAUCAACAUCAUUUGAUAAUGAAUAUACAAGUGAUGGAAAUCAUGAUGAUACAUAUAUUUCUAAUAAUGUUAAGAUUUGUUCAUCAACCGAAAAACAUAUUGUUAUGGCAUAUUCUUGUUUGAAAAUUGAACAACUUACUGAAAUUCAACGAUUAGCAUCAUUAUUUCCAAAUCAAAUAAAAUUAUCAAAUUGUGUUGAUGAACAUACAACACAUUUAAUUAUUGGAAAUGAAGAAAAACCAUUAUUAUGUCCAUUAACAAUAAAAGUAUUUCAAGCAAUAGCACGUCAUUUAUUUGUUGUAACAUAUCGAUGGAUUAUUGAAUGUUUAAAACAAAAUCAUAUAAUUGAUGAAAUUUCAUUUGAAAUACGUGGUGAUAUUCCAUUUGGACAAUAUCAUGAUGGAAUGCGUAAUAGUCGUUUAUCUAAACAUGUAAAUUUAUUUCAAAAUUGUCAAUUUUUUAUAUUAUGUGAUGGAUGUCAAGAAAAAAUGUCUAAAACUGAACUUGCUUCAUUAAUUACUUUAUGUAAUGGUACACUUCUUAAUAAUCUUCCAAUAACAACUCCAAAUGAUUGUUCCAUUUUAACUAUUGUUCUAUGUGAUAAAAUACUUCCAUUUAAUUCUUUAAAUCAACAACAAUUAUUUGAAACAUCUCGUUCAAAUGGUGUUAAUUAUCUUAGUCCUGAAUGGGUAUUAGAAUCAAUUGUUCAAUUUUCUUUACAACCAUUUGAUAAUUAUGAAGAAAAAUUUUAA